AUGGCAGCAGUGGUAGGACUGUGGCAGCUGUGGUUGGACAAUGGCAGCUGUGGUUGGACAGUGGCAGCUUUGGUUGGACAGUGGCAGCUGUGGUUGGACUGUGGCAGCUGUGGUUGGAUUGUGGCAGCUGUGGUAGGACAGUGGCAGCUGUGCUGCAGCGCCGAGAUCUCCCCCUGCGAAUCCGCCGUGCCCUUAUCCCCCGACAGACGCCACAGGAGCCUCGACCAGGACCACGGCCCCGCCUCCCAGCCUCCCGUCGCCUUGGCAACCAGCGAGAGCACGGGAGACGAGUCUGCAACGACGAGACCGCUGCGAGCCGAGCAGGAGGCAUGUGUGUCGUCCUCGGUGACUGGGGGCCUCCGUCGCUCCAGCUCGGACGCGGGGCUCCAGGAGCGGGGCCCCUGUCGCCUCAGGCCUCACCACAGUGACCCCAUGCCCUCUGACCCCAGCCGCCGCCAACAGCUGCACAUGAGGGUCGCCGCUGCCGCCAGACUGCACCGCAAGGAGAGGGACAGCGCCCCCGCCGCCCUGAGAGGCCGCUCAGAGCCUCCCUCAGAGGAGCGUCCUGUGGGCUCCUGCGGCUCGGCUCAUCGCUGGAGCACCAUCAGCAGUCUGAGCGCAGACAGCGGAGUGGUGGGACUGAGUGAUGACCGCGAGGAGGAGGAGGGCGCCCCCUGCAGGACCAGGAGGGGAGGAGGAGCAGAGGUGGAACGUACGGACAGCGGCCUCGGUCCUGGUUUGUCCCGAGGCUGGAGGCGACCUGUGGUGCCUCUGCGCCCGUGUCCCGACUGCGGCGCCAGCGACGCCCAGGAGCGUGGCGAACGCAUGUGCGAGCGCUGCUCCAAGCUGCGCACGGAGAGGAAGGAGGCCAUCCUGGAGUUCCUCAACACCGAGUCCAGCUACGGAGAAGACCUGCGCAUCAUCAAGGAGGAGUUCUACUGCCCCAUGCAGAGCGCCGCGCUGCUGACGGCCGAGCAGCUCACCGUGGUCUUCGCCAACGUCCAGGAGCUCAUCGACGUCAACGAGAGGUUCACGGAGACGCUGCAGGAGGUCAUCGACCGGGCCUUUGACCAGGGGGACGAGGACCUGCUCACGGUGCACAUCGGGGAGAUCUUCCUGGAGUUUGUGAACAUGCUGCCGGCGUUUCAGACCUACUGCCUCCAACAGUCGUCCUCUGUCAACCUCCUCAACGCACUGGAGAAGGAGAAGGAGCUGCUGCGGAUCUUUCUGGACGUGUCUCAGAACGACAACACGGCGCUGCGCCGCAUGAACCUGCGCUCGUUCCUGAUGGCGCCGCUGCAGCGCGUCACGAAGUACCCGCUGCUGCUGAGCCGCAUCCUCAAAGUCACUUCGGAGCUGCACGCAGACUUCAGCCGCCUCUGCGACGCCAAGGCCAAGGUGGAGUCGCACCUGGAGCACAUCAACAUGAAGACCCGCCAGGAGGCCGUGUCCUGGUCCCUGCGCUCCUUCCGCAGAGACAGCCGUAAGAACCGCGAGGUCAUCAACAUCGAGAUGCGCGAGGUGUCAAUGAAGACGGUGGGCUGGUCCCGCGAGCACACGCGCUUCGUGAUGGAGGGGCCGCUGCAGCUGUCGCAGCCCGCGGACGGACAGUGGGUGCGGAAGGGCAGCCGCGCCCUCAAGUUCCAGAACGUGCAGAGUCUGCUGAUGGUGCGCACGGUGCGGGACGGCGAGGACCGCGGCGCCGACUCCGUGAAAGACGGCGUCCUGGUCCUGAUCAAAGACAAAAGCAGCGGCAAGUUCUCGGUGCUGCGAGAGCCCAUCCAGCUCGGGAACUGCGUGGUCUCCACGGACCCCGAGUGCGAGGACACCUUCGAGAUCCUGGACAUAAAGCGAGAGGCGUUCGUGUUCCGCGCCUCGGAGAAGUCGCGGACGCAACAGUGGUUCCAUCAGAUCAAACGCUACGCCAGGGAUUUGGGAACGUGGAGGAAGAGGAGGAACGCUCUCCCCAACAUCAUGAUCAACACGGGACAGACCCGGUCCUAA